GUGCCGGCUGGGAAGGGGGGUCGGGAGCCGGGAUUCCCCCCCUCCUUCCCAUCCCAUUCCCAUUCCCCUCCCUGGUCCGUGGCGUGUGUAUUUUGGCAGCGGAACCUGUCUGGUAAGAGGAGACAAAGUGUGUUUGGCUUGUUCCAUCUGUCUGCCGGCCCCGCUCCCUGGCUGGGCUCAAACACCGGGGGGAAGCCGGUUGGGAAUGAUGACGGUCAGGGAGAGCCCAGGGAAGAGGCUGGAGGUGACGAAAUUCCAUGGCUGUGGCUGAUGCCGGUUUCCUUCUGUUCCGCAGUCAGCAGGAGGGAGAAAAUGAAAGCGGGCUGCAGCAUUGUGGAUAAGCCAGAAGGAGGAGGAGGUUAUCAUUUCCCAGAGUGGGCUUACAAGACCGAGUCCAGCCCUGGCUCCCGACAGAUCCAGCUAUGGCAUUUCAUCCUGGAGCUGCUGCAGAAGGAGGAAUUCCGCCACGUCAUCGCCUGGCAGCAGGGCGAGUACGGGGAGUUUGUCAUCAAGGACCCUGACGAGGUGGCCCGGCUCUGGGGGCGCAGGAAAUGCAAACCCCAGAUGAACUACGACAAGCUGAGCCGGGCACUGAGAUACUAUUACAACAAGAGGAUUCUCCACAAGACAAAAGGCAAAAGGUUCACCUACAAGUUCAACUUCAACAAGCUGGUGAUGCCCAACUACCCCUUCAUUAACAUUCGGCCUAAUGGCGUCGUGCCGCAGAGCGCUCCUCCUGUGCCCACGGCUUCAUCCCGCUUCCACUUCCCGCCGCUGGACAGCCACUCUCCCACCGAAGAUGCCCAACCCAGCCGCUUCUCCGGCGGCUCCUUGGUCCCAUCCAACCCCGAAGUGCUGGGGGACGGCGGCGAGAGGAAGCCGGACAUGCCGGAGCUGGAGGAUGGCUCCUCGGAUUGGCGCCGGGGGGUGGAUCUCAUGGGCUCCCGCAACGCCGUGGGCGCCGGGAGCGUCAACCACCAGAAGCGCAAACCCGACAUCAUGCUCCCGCUCUUCACCAGGCCCGGGAUCUACCCGGAUCCUCACAGCCCCUUCGCCGUGUCCCCGCUGCCGGGGCGCGGGGGGGUCCUCAAUGUGCCCAUCUCUCCAGCGUUAUCCCUGACUCCCACCCUGUUCUCCUACAGCCCUUCUCCGGGGCUCAGCCCCUUCACAGGUAGCAGCUGCUUCUCUUUUAACCCCGAGGAGAUGAAACACUACCUGCACUCACAAGCCUGCUCCGUCUUCAACUACCACCUGAGUCCGCGGACUUUCCCCCGCUACCCGCUCAUGGUGCCACCACUACAGUGCCAAAUGCCCCUGGAGGAGCAGCCCCAGUUCCCCAUCAAGCUGCAGCCUCCCCCCGUGGGGCGUAAAAACAGAGAGAGACUGGAAAGUGCUGAGGAGCCGCCGGCCCCCCAGGUACCUCCUGCUCCUCCCAGGGUCAAGGUGGAGCCGGCGAUGGACAAGGAGGCCGAGCCCGAAGAGCCGCCGGUGAAAGGGAAAGACAAGAGCGACAGAGAGGAAGGCCCCAGCGUGGCGGAUGAGGAGAAGGGGCCUGUGUUUGCCAGACCAGCUGCCCCAUCGUGGCACCCAGCCCCACCGCCCGCCGCCGCGGCCGAAGAACCCCCCGAGCAAGGCGAGAGCAGUGGGGAGAAGCCGCCCCGCGAGGCCGGCGGCGAAGCGGCAGCGCAGGAGAAGCGGGAAGAUGCUCUGAUGCCUCCAAAGCUGCGUCUCAAGCGCCGCUGGAACGGGGACCGGCAAGUGGAUGUCCCCGAGGAGCGCCACAACGGCCGAGUGCACUGGACCGGGGCGCUGGGCACCCCGCACCUGGGCGCGGGCCCCGCGGCCGCCGCCGCCGCCUCCGACACCUAAAGCGGAGCGGCGCCGAGGGCCCGAGUGCUGGAACCAUCCGUGUAUUUAUGUAGCAAGGUUGCAGAGCGCGGGGGGCGGGCGGGGGGCUGGGGCUACGCCUGGUUUGGGUAAUUCUAGAAACUAGGGGGGGUGUGUUCUUUGUUUUCCUUGUUGAACUGCAGGUGAGACGCGGUUUUGUCUUGCUCCGACCGGGAGAGGCGAGGGAAGCCGGGUGCCCUCGGGCACGAGCUUCGGACCUUGCAUGAACUCCAGCGGGGCUGAGGCCUCCGCCAGGCUGGAGGAGCUCCAGACACGGUCUAUUUUCUAUAUGCUCUAGUAUUUAUAGAAGCAGGAAUCUCCAAAUUCAGCUAAUUCCCUUUUUAUAUAUAUAUCUAUAUCUCUAUAUAUACCCGGAGCCGGGUGCGAUGGUGGGAGAGGAUUCCUGCCCCGCUCCAGACGUGCCGUGCGCCAGCCUCGGAAGCCAGCUGCGUUUUUGGGGAGGGGGAUUAGGGAAUAUUGCACCGGCUGCGGAGCGGGGAAGGUGGGGGGAAGACACAAGUGGGAAAGUCGCUGCUGGAAAAGGAGCUGCAUUCCCGACAAGCGGAUCUCGGGAGCGCUGCGGGAUGCAGGCGUCGUCCUUUUCGCCUUUCUGGAAUACUGCAGAAGCCAUGAGGAAAACGUUAACAGAAAAUAAUCUUUCAGGGAAGGGAAUGGGGUGGGAAAAAGGAAUAACCUAAUGCCUUUAAUGUACGCAUUAACACGUAUCCUAGGGUUUUUUGUUUUUCCCCCUAAUUGUAUGGGUGGAGUUGGGAGAUUAACGCUGGAAUGAUUGCGGUGAGUUCAUGGAGAAGGAAUGACAGGAGCUUUGUUAACUCUUAUUCCCUUUGUUUGGUUCCCCAUAUCACUUUGACUCAUGCCUUAACUACGCUUUCUGCGAGCAGGGUCUAUGGACAGGAGCCGGACGCGUUUGGCCGAGGCCGGGAUUUGGGAUUGGAGCAAGGGAGAGCGCGGUGCGCGCCGGAGCGGAGCCCGUGCCCACGGUGUAAAUCUCGCUGUAUUUUUGCUAUAAACCUGCUAUUUCCCUACGCAGCUUUCCUUAGGCUGAGUAACUGAAGCACCGGCUUACACCCAGGCCUGCGCUUGUCUCCAUGAAUCCCAAAGGAUUCCUUGAAAGGAGCUUGGGAACAGCCGAUGUCCGCAGGGUUGGACCCGCGCGCGGCCGGCGGCUGGUUAUUCACCCGGUCGUAGGCGAGCGGCGUGUGCGGGCAGAUCCCCCCAGCCCAGGACUUGGGAAUUCUUGGAGGAGGAAGCUCGUGCGAGCGCGGGAUGAGUUGGAAACGCUCUUGGAUGGGGCUGCUUGAGCCUCAGCGGAGCGAGACGCCGGUUGCGGUACCCGGAGCGGGAGCGUUAUCCCGGCGCGCUCCGCAUCCCCCCGGCACCUGGAUUUAUCUCUUGGAGAGGAGGAAAAAGCGGGGAAGGAGCCCCUCGCUCCGGCCCUGGAGAGGGGCUCAGGGAGUGAACUCAGGAAUUUGAAAACACGAGGCCUUUCCCAUCAGUAAAUGCACAUCGUCCCCCCCCCCCGGUGCCCAAGCGCCGGAGCCGCUCGGGGAGGAGCCGACCCCAAAAAUUCCAUAAGAAACCCACAGGAAGGAAUUCAGUUGAACUGUUGUUUGGCUUUAAAGAGUUUGUAAUCGGUUUGGGGGGGGUGCUGUGGGGAGGGGGGGGGCGCUGGGGAGGGGAGGGGGGGGUUGUUCUCUUCAUAGCCAUUGCACUGCAAACCGGGAGCUCCGCGUUCAGGGAUACAGGACUCAGGUUCUCAGGACAACGGACCAGUGAUGGGCUCUGCUUUGAAAGGGGGGAGGCAGCACCCAGCCCACCCCUGCCCAUGUCACCCCGGUCCCCGCCGGCUCAGGGUGCUCCCGAGCGGACUUGGCCUUGCCUGGGCGGAGGGUGCUGAGAAACGGAGGCGAAACGUUCACGAACGAGCGAAACUUCAGACCGAAACCGUUUUUCUUUCUCUUCUUUAUUCCGAUGUGCCAAAAGAUUUCAACCGGGUCCCCGCGAGGGGGUUGGGAUCUCCACGUCCACCUGUAGGAAUGAAUCAAGAGCAUGUUCAUGUUUAAACCAUUUUUGCUUUCUUUAGCCCUAGAGAAGCUGUAGGAUAAAAAGAGACUUGGGAUGGGACAAGGAGCCGGACGCCGAGAUUUCAUGGAUGAGUGAGGGGGGAAUAAGGAUCAAGCCGAGCCGCGAUGGCUGAACUCAAUGAAGCUCCAAUGAGCCCCAAAGCGGGGCCGCCGCCGCUGGUCCCCCCAGAUCCAGAGGAGGAGGAGGAGGAGGAAGAGCCCCUCUGUGGAAGCAUUAACCCAUCGCGGCGCCCUCGGAGGCUCCAGCAGCGCUCGCUUGUCCCUUGGUUUAUUUAUUCCAUAAUUCUGGUUUAUUUUGGGGGGGUUUUCGAGUCAUUUUCUGUUGUUGUUGUUGCUCUUUUUGUGUCUUUGGGAUCCUGGGUUGGGUUCCAGCCCACCAUUAAUAAUAACGCAUUGAUUUCUCUUUGGGGUUGAAAGAAUCGUAAUCAGAUUGUUUAAAGACUUCAAAUAUGAUUUUUUUGGGGGGGGGGGGGAGGGUGGGUUUAGAGUGGUUUUAAGGAGAAACUUCACAACUAGAACAUUUUCGGGGAGGGGGGUUGCUGGGUUUUGGUUGGGUUCAAUCACUUCUCCCGAUGCUUUGGCUGGGAUGAGCAGGGAUGAGCGGACGGGGCCGUGGAGCCAACGCGGGUGUCUCUGUACAUACCAGUGUAAAGUUGUCCCCAUCUCCUCCGUCGUGCAGUGCCUUUGGACGUUCCACUUUCUAGAAAGUCUUUCAAGAAAAACAAACAAAAAAGUCAAAACCACACAAAGUUGGCAUCUAUAUAUUAUAUAUAUAUGAUGUAAUGUUAGAGAAAUAUAUGUAUAAUAUACAUAUUUUUUUUCCAGGGGUAUCUGAUAGCUCUGUAUUUUGUUAUGGAAGUUGAAAGAGAAAA